AUGAGUAACAACAGAUAUAUGUCAAAUCAAUAUAAUAAUGGUCAAAAUUAUUAUUCCAAUGAAAUCACGGAGAAUACUAUGUUUCAUUACUAUCCCUAUAAUAAUGUAAAUAAUAAUAAUGAUAAUGAUAAUUAUUGGUCAAAUCAAUCUAACGUCAAUCAGUUACCAGAAAAUGGUUAUCAAGAUGAAGAUACACGUAGUUCAAAACUUACAGACGAAGUGCUUGACCAUUAUUCCCAUGAACCUAUGAGCAUAAAAAGAAACAAAACAGUUGAUUCCAGUAUAUUGAGGCCGAAUAAUCUUUUGCAAGGAAAUGUUUCUGUAAGAGCUGAACAAGACAUACUGUUACAACCUAAUGAUAAUUCUGAAUCUGUUGCAUAUGAUAAUUUUAUUCGUGACAGUUCGCAUAAUAUGACAAGACCUAAGCCUCCAUCUCAAACAAAAAUUCUAACACCACCUGUUGCAUACAACGAUGUUUUUGUUCAGAAUCACUCUCACAGUCAACAACAGAACAAUGCAGACAAUAUGUUUCAAAUACCUCAGAUUAAUGUGAUUCAAACACCUUCCGAUUUUACUUAUCCAGAGAACAGUCAAUUUAACAAUUCGAAUGUUUAUAGUAAUUUGUCAUAUUCACAAUCUGGUAAUUUCAAUAUCAAUGCAGGUCCUCAACAAUACUCUAGCCAACAUCCAUAUUUUAAUGAAGAGGACUAUUAUCAUUCUCAAAACUAUAUCACUAAUAAUACGGGUAGUAAUAAUUAUAUAGAUAACAGAUUUGAUAGCAAAAAUAGUUUAUCUCAAAAUAGUUUUAAUGAAGCUCCAAGUGUAAUAUCGAUUGAUGAAGAUACUAAACCAAUUCUACAACAACAGAUACAGGAAAAUAAUAACAAUCUAUAUUAUAAUAAUUAUUCUAACGAUCUUGAAGAUUUAGAAAGUGUGGAAGGUUAUGUUGAUCAAUCUGGUGAUGAUUAUCAAAUUAGAUCAUACUUAGAUAAUGACGGUGAAAUGGUGAAUCCCUAUACAAACACUGUACCUGUGAUUUAUGAUGAGGAUGAAAACUUUGAAGAUGUUAAUAAAUUAAGAGAAGAUGAUAAUAUAGGUCAUAUGGAUUUAGGUGAUUCUAGUAACUUUGGUUAUAAUGACACAAAUACAAUCGACAAAUUGGGGAUAGUUAAAACUAGAUCUAUCAAUUCUAGUACUAAUUCAUCAUCGAAUUCAAAGGGUAUUUUACUGACAGAUCUCAGUGAAGAUAAUGUGAUAUCAGCAGAAGGAAAUAACGCUACGGUAAAAAGAUCAAAUACUGAAAUAAGAAAAUUUAAACUUUGGAAUGGUAAUUUUGUUUUUGAUUCUCCAAUCAGUAGUACUCUUUUGGAUAAAUACCAUGUUGUAGUAGAAAAACCAGAAUUAUUGUCAAAUGAGUUCAAAUUUAUGAGAUAUCAGGCAAUUACAUGUGAACCAAAUGAAUUACCGCUAAAAAAUUUUACUGUUAGACAGUUGCAAUACUUGAGGCCGAGACAGACUGAGUUGAUGAUUGUGAUUACAAUGUACAACGAAAAUCAUAUUUUACUGGGAAGAACACUUAAAGGUGUCAUGGAUAACAUUAAAUAUAUGGUAAAAAAGACGCAUUCUAGUAUAUGGGGUCCAGAUGCUUGGAAGAAGAUCGUCGUCUGCAUUAUAUCUGACGGUAGAUCUAAGAUUAAUGAGAGGUCUCUUGCUCUUCUGAGUUCAUUGGGUUGUUAUCAAGAUGGGUUUGCAAAAGAUGAAAUUAAUGACAAAAAAGUUGCCAUGCAUAUGUAUGAGCAUACAACAAUGAUGAACAUUGGUAAUGUUACAGAAUAUGGUAUUGAUUUAGUUUGUAAUCAAACCACAGUUCCAGUCCAGUUAUUAUUUGGGUUGAAAGAACAAAAUCAAAAGAAGAUAAAUUCACAUCGUUGGGCUUUUGAAGGAUUUGCAGAGUUGUUGCAACCAAAUGUGGUCGUACUCUUAGAUGCUGGUACUAUGCCAGGAAAAGACUCAAUUUAUGAAUUAUGGAAAGAAUUUAAGAAUCCAAGCGUAGGAGGUGCAUGUGGUGAAAUCAAAACUGAUCUAGGAAAGAGCUUUGCUAAAUUAUUAAAUCCACUUGUUGCAGCUCAAAAUUUUGAAUAUAAGAUGUCUAAUAUUUUGGAUAAAACAACAGAAUCAAAUUUUGGUUUCAUUACUGUCUUGCCUGGAGCAUUUUCAGCUUAUAGGUUAGCAGCUGUUCGCGGUACUCCAUUAGAGAAAUAUUUUUAUGGUGAAGGUCUAGAAGAUAAAGGAUUCAAUUUUUUUUCUUCCAAUAUGUAUCUAGCAGAAGAUAGAAUACUUUGUUUUGAAAUUGUCACUAAGAAGCAUAGUAAUUGGAUUCUACAGUAUUCUAGGAGUUCGUAUGCAUCUACAGAUGUCCCUGAAAGAGUUCCAGAAUUUAUUUUACAAAGAAGAAGGUGGUUAAAUGGUUCAUUCUUUGCUGCCGUGUAUUCAUUUUGUCAUAUUCAUAGGAUAUGGACUAGUGGUCACAAUGUAAUUAGGAAAAUAUGGUUUACAAUUGAAUUUUUAUAUUUGUUUUUCAAUACACUAAUAUCCUGGUUUUCGUUAAGUUCUUUCUUCCUUGUUUUCAGAAUUUUAUCAUUAUCUAUUGCUACAACAUACCGUACAGUGUUUGGAAUACUGUCAGUAAUAUUUUUGUGGUUAUAUGGUGUUUCUAUUUUUUCCACUUUUGUUUUGUCGUUAGGCAAUAAACCAAAGAGUACCGAGAGAUAUUACGUAAUGAAUUUUCUUUUCUUUGCGGUGUUAAUGGCCUAUAUGGUGUUUUGUUCUUUGUAUAUGAGUGUUAAAUCUUUUGAAGAUAUUUUACAAGAUACAAAAAUUACUUUCAUUGGAUUAAUUACAAAAACAGCUUUUAGAGACUUAGUUAUAUCCAUGGGUUCCACAUAUGCAUUAUACUUGGUAUCUUCAAUAAUUUAUUUACAACCAUGGCACAUGUUAACAAGUUUUAUCCAAUAUAUUCUUUUGAGUCCAGCUUAUAUUAAUAUUUUGAAUAUAUAUGCCUUUUGCAAUGUCCAUGACUUAUCUUGGGGUACUAAGGGAGCUGUAGCAAAACCACUAGGUAAAAUCAAUUCUAAAGAAGACGGGACUUUUAAGAUGGAAAUAUUGGUUUCUCAGGAGGAGAUUACAGCAAACUACAACAAGUUUAAGGCCAUAUUAGAUGCUCCUGCUGAAGAAAAGGUUGACGAUGGUCUUUCUUAUGAAGAGAAAAAAACAGGUUAUUACGCUAAUGUCAGAUCAUUGGUUAUUAUAUUUUGGGUUAUGACAAACUUUGGUAUUGUUGCAGCUGUGUUGGAAACUGGUGGGAUUAGUGAUUAUAUGACUUUGAAACGGCAACAACAACAAGCAACAGAGAAUGUAACCGCUCAUCCAAUUAUUUCAGAACGUACGUCUAUAUAUUUUAGUGUUAUUCUUUGGUUGGUUGCAUUCUCAGCAUUGGUAAGGUUCAUAGGUUGUACCUUCUACAUGGUAACAAGACUAUUUAAGAGGUUAUUUAGAAGACAUUAA